AUGGCUGACUGGAAUAUGGAAAGAAAGCAUCCAUUGAAGGUGGACCCUGUCCCCAAUGUAAUCAUUAAACGCGGCCCUUUAAGGUCUUUCCUGGUAACCAAGCCUUCCGAAGAUCUAAGCUCAUUGAGGAGCGUUACCUCAUCCAAGGAAAAGCUUUUGGUUGCUUUUCUGCUGGUAUUUGCAGCUGCCGUAAGACUACACAAUAUCUCUCUACCAAGUAGUGUUGUUUUUGAUGAACAUCGAAUUGGUAAUUCUGUUUCUCAUUAUCUAAAAAAAACUUUCCUCGCCGAUUUCAAUCCCCCAUUAGUUUCAAUGCUGUACAGUGGUGUUGCUUCCAUAUUCGGGUACGAUGGAUCUUUUUCUUUCUUCCAUAUUGGGGUUGAAUACCCUAGCAAUGUACCAUACAUUGCCAUGAGGUUUUUCUCUGCUACUUUAGGUAUUCUGUCGGUUUUGGUACUGUACUUAACACUACGAGUGUCUGGUGUAAAGAUUGCCGUUGCUGCUAUUUGUACGGUAUGUUUCGUAAUUGAGAACUCUUUUGUGACAUUGUCUCGCUACGCUUUGUUAGAGGGACCUUUUCUCUUUUUCAUUGCAUGUGCCGUUUAUUUCUUCAGGAAAUCGGAACUUUAUUUGCCAAACUCGUGCAAAGCAAAUAAAUCGUUGAUUGCUUCGAGUAUUGCCUUGGGUUUUGCGGUUUCUUCAAAAUGGGCUGGUCUCUUUACUAUAGCGUGGGCCGGUGUCAUUGUUCUUUGGAGAUUAUGGUUCAUGAUUGGUGAUUUGUCGAGGCCUAUUGGCCCUUCCAUCAAAUAUAUGGUAUUUCAAAUUACUUGUUUGUUGGGUAUUCCUGCUUUCAUCUACAUUUUGGUUUUUUAUAUACAUAUCAAGACAUUAAGCUUAAAUGGAACUAGUAGUAGUUUCUUUCCUGCUGAGUUCAGAACAUCCUUGGAGAAUAAUAAUGUCCUUAAAGAGACAGUAGCAGAAGUAGGUGUAGGCUCUGCCGUUUCAUUGAACCAUAUUGGAACAGUAGGGGGUUACUUGCACUCUCAUCUUCACAAUUACCCAGCAGGUUCUAUGCAACAACAGAUUACUCUGUAUCCUCACAUUGACCAAAACAACAAAUGGGUUAUUGAGCUCGCUGAUCAUCCAAAUGAAAAUAUCACAAGUUUCCAAAAUUUAACCGAUGGUACCAUAAUCAGGUUGAGACAUCUCAGAAACGGUUGUAGAUUACAUUCUCAUGACCACAAACCCCCAGUCUCUCAAAAGGCAGAUUGGCAAAAAGAAGUGUCCUGUUAUGGUUAUGAUGAUUUUGAUGGUGAUAUUAACGAUGAUUGGAUCAUUGAAAUAGACAAAAAAAGAUCAGCACCUGGGCCUGCUCAGGAACGUAUCAGGGCCAUUGAGACCAAAUUUAGAUUAAAACACUAUCUUACUGGUUGUUAUUUGUUUUCACAUUACGAAAAACUGCCAGAGUGGGGAUUUGGUCAACAGGAAGUAACAUGUGCAUAUUUUGCAAGGGAAGACUUAACUUCAUGGUACAUCGAAGAAAACGAUAAUGAAGCACCAUUACCAAACCCAGAAAAGGUCUCAUAUGCAAAAAUGGGCUUUUGGCAAAAGUUCAUUGCUAUUCAUAAAUUCAUUUCCAGUGCAGGCGACAGUUUGGAUUUGAGUUAUGUCUAUUCAUCUGAACCGAAAACAUGGCCUUUUAUGUUACGUGGUAUUGACUUCUGGAAUGAGAAGAACAAGGAAGUAUAUUUCUUAGGUAACGCUGUAUUAUGGUGGUCUGUCACAGGUUUUAUCUGCAUGUUUAUUGCUGGAGUGGCAAUUGAACUUCUUGCAUGGAAACUAGGCACAAAGAUACUGCAAGAUGCAUAUAUUAUAAAUUUUCACUAUCAGGUUAUGCAAUACUUAUUAGGUUUUGCCCUCCACUACGUUCCCUUCUACUUUAUGAAACAUAACUUGUUUCUUUAUGAUUACAUACCAGCCUACUAUUUUGGUAUCUUAGCGUUUGGUCAUGCAUUAGACCUUAUUUCGACUUACCUUUUCAACAAAAAAAGCCAUAUUGGUUAUGUCAUUGUCAUUAUUUUUAUGUUAGCAUGUUUCUAUUUCUUUUAUGAUCACUCUCCUUUAAUUUAUGCCUCUGAAUGGACAAGCGGCUUAUGCAAGAGAUCCAAGUGGCUUGGAAGCUGGGAUUUCUAUUGUAAUUCGUUUUUCCCUACAUAUAGCCAUUAUGAAUAA